CCCUUGAGCAUUACACUGCCAUCAACAUGGGCAUCCGCACCAGCGAGCGACGACGCAUGAGCGCGCCACACACCCCCACGGUUAAUGGUGGAGAAAGGGACUCCCCAUGUUCUGCCGCCCCUUUCUCCUUGGGGUUAUAUAUACCUCUUACCUAGACACCCAUCGGGCACAAACUAUGUAGUCGGUCUCCUCGGCCUUGAAUCGAUUCUAUUCUGUUUGAUGACAUUCCAUGCUCUCCACUUUUACUAUGGAUCACUCGCUCUAGUGAGUUCUGGCAGGCAGCCCCUGGCUCCUUCCCGCUUCAUCUCCCCCAUCUCAUCGCCUCCAAGCCAGGGCAAAGAAAGAGGAGCGAGAGCGUAGCGUAGCGUGUGGCUCGACUGUUUCGUACGCUUUCACGAAGCGCGAAACGAUGGAGAGAGUGGGACACGCGGAUUGUGAUUGUGUCGACAGUUGGCUUCUGCUGGUGGCACACCUCGCUAGUUACAUGCUAUAUAUAGCAUGAGGAAAUACACGUGCAUCUUUCCUUUAACCCCAUCGCCC